AAACUAUGCUUCUCAGCCAUUGGCCGCAGAUAAAAUUUUGUAGAGUAAUUAGACUUUUAACCUUGCCCAUUCGAUUGGCUCAUCCUUAUCACCAAGAUAAACCCAGCAGAUAUAAAAGCUCUUAACGCUUUCCAACAAACAGUUUCGUCUCAAAGUCGCCGAAAGCCCGUCACGUCUCUCCGUCCAAAUCUGACAUUUCGCACGUGUGACUCGUUCGUUUUCCCCGUGUUCCGAAUUUCUUCACCCUGUCGUUACAACAGCAGCCCCCACAACACUCCCUCUACCAAUGGCUGAUCCUGGUGAAAAUUUGAAUGGAUGCGCGUCUCUCAUCGACCCCCUAGCGAGGGUCCACGUCGUGGAGACGGCGGGCCUCAACUUCUUGAAAUUCCCCCAGUUCCCCGUGGUACAGAUGCUGAUGAAGGAAUUGAACCUGUGUGCACACGACCACAGCUUCGUACCACCGUGGUAAAAAGCGACAGACUUUGAUUUCGAGUGUUCCUAUUUUCACGUGCUCACGUGAUCACUACCCCCAAUGGGCAAAGUCGUUAACGGUGAUUAAGCGCGCAAGGUAGCACUACCUUGAGGACUUAUAAACAUUUUCAGGUCGUACAAGUACAUGAUGUAUGCCACAAAGCAGCCGUCGUUGAGGAUCAACCAAGCGGAUCUUAAGUGCAAGAAUGGGUGCGGGUACUACGGGAAUGCCGACUGGGAUGGCUAUUGUUCAAAAUGCUAUCGCAACCACAUGGACCAAGAGCGGCAACGGAAAGCCCGCCAAAGCCACCACAGCGAUCAGACGAAAAUCUCUGGUUUUUCAAAAUUCGAGGAAAAAAAGCGCCAACAAACCGACAAGAAGAACAAGUACUUGAAGAGUUUACCCGUCUUUCGCAAAACAUCGAGCGUCAAAGAUUCGGGACGUCCGGAGCGCCAUCUGGACUUGCGCCAAGCCAACCCCGAUGCCGAUAAAUUAAUGGCGGAGUUCAUCUCCCUGUACGGGGUAUGGGGAGACAUGGUCCGGAGGGACUUCUUCAAGUGUGUCCAGUCCUUCACCACCAAGAUCUACAGCGAGUUGGACAACAAACCCAUCGAAGAUAUAGCAGAAAUGGCGCAGAAGUACUACAACCUGUACAGCAACCGGGUUAACUCGACGGAGACGUAUCAAGAAGUGACCACAGAUGUGAGGGACGAGCUUUUGGACUUCUUCGAGAAGUACGUCAUGGUUAGUCUGUAUAGUUGGCUGUUCUGCCCGCCCUCUACUAACGACGAAGAGAAAGAUCUUAUUAUUCAAGAACGCAUACGCAAACUUAGCUGGGUCAACGCCCACCAUUUAGACUGUUGCAUUAGCGAAACUAGUAUAGAAGUUAGGGAUUUAGUAUAUACAGCUAUCACGCAUUUGCUAGGGAUGGAUUCGAUGAAAGCACCCCAGGAAAAAUUGGCUUGUGUGGUCAAUUGUUGCCAGAGUGUGGUUAAAGUGCUGCAGCACUGUCAAGGAGGGCCGGUUAGUGCAGACGAGUUUUUACCAGCACUUAUCUUCAUCGUGUUGAAAGCUAACCCGGCUAGACUGAAGAGCAAUAUUUUAUACGUGACACGAUUUUGUAACGAUAGUAGACUAAUGCAAGGAGAAGCGGGCUACUAUUUCACUAAUUUGUGCUGCGCCGUCUCUUUCAUCGAAAACCUCACCGCCGAGUCCCUCAACAUGCCCCAACAAGAAUUCGAAGCCUACAUGAACGGCGAAAUCACAUCAGUCAGCGCCUGGGAAUCCGCGCUAGUGGCAUGCGAGGGCAUGCACCAACUCUGCGAGCACCUCUCUCUCCUCAAAGACCUCUCACAACGUACAACCACAGUACAAGACGAAACUCAAAAACUCACUCAAGACAUUCUAAAAUUCAAAGACGAAAUCAACGAGAAAGUCAUCUCAGUUUUAGAAAAAACCCCUCUCAUAAUCAAGCCUCGAAAAACCCCCGAAGAUCUAAAAAUCGAGGCUUCCCAAAUCGCCGCCAUUAAAAUCGAGGUUGAAGAAACCCAACCUCAAACCAACUUCUACCUACAAAAUUUGCAAAUCGGUCAGAACAACCUCGGCGAGAAUAAAACCAAACUACAAUUAGACAUCACGUCGUGCAUGGACAAGCAACAGUCGUUGGAGUUUCUCUCCCCGGCUUUCGAAAGUCUAGAGGGCGCCACUCCGGAUGACCAAAACAGCUUGAGUUUGUCGAAAAUUAACUACGAUAUAGAUUUUUCGGAUUUGAGUGGGGAGAAUAGCGUGGCGGAGUUGACUCCGGAGAAGCGGAAGUCCCCGAGUUUUACUCCCGAUCCGUUUAGUCCCGUGGGGAGUAGUUGUACCAUCACGCAAGUACCGCUGGUACCGUCGCAAGUGGAGUCGGAUUUUGUUCUUCCGUUCGUGGAAGGUGAGAAAGCGGGGGAGGAGACGCUGUUGGAGAAGGAAGACGAGGCGGCAAAUUUACCAUCACCCAUUAAACCCAUGACAUCACAGUACUCGGGCUUUUCGAAGCAAGGGUGGCAGAUACCGAGCAUCCCGUGCAUUACGGGGGACUUGGCGUCGAGUAAUGCAUCACAGUCUAACAGUCAGGCGUCGACGAGUCAUGAUAACUGAAUAGGAAUUGCUUUAUGGUUGUACUGGAAUGUGGUUGUAUUUUAGUGUUGUUUUGUAAAAUAUAUUUAAUUUGAUUAUUAUUAAAUAGAAAAUGCUGUUUA